CUCCAGUCUAAUCUGAGAACGACCAGCAGCAGGAGCCGAAUAUCCAUGACCACGCUCAGGCUCAGGCUUAGUCUUGGAGAAGUCUAGGCGUCGAUAUUCAUGAUCAGUCCCAUCAGUCACAAGCGCCUCGUUCUCCGUUUUGACUUUCCUCCCCCUUUCAUUUUGUCUCCAUUCGUCAUCUUCUUUUUGGUCUUUCUUUUUGCUAUCGUUAUACCAAGAUAAAUACAAGUUUCAUCUCUUGACAAGUUUUGUAAGAGUUUUGCUCUCAACAACUCUCAUUCGUCUCUUUCUUCGCCCCCGUUGGACCCUUUUGGCUGUCCUGAAACAUCACCACUUCUCCUCUCUACUGAGACAUUCGACAUCAUAAUCGAUCAAACGUCCACGUACACAUGCAACCUCCGUCGAACCUCGAAGAUAUACCAGUCGCCGUCGAUGAUGCUUCUUCCUUGAUUCUCGCCCAAUCUUCAACAGUUCUAGAGAUGGCUACCUCAGUUAUCGCCUCGGCCGCCUCCAUGGCUUCCUCCACAGCCGCAUCCGCAACCUUCAUCGCGUCCGGAGCACCACAGUCAUACGACGAAGACGAUUCCAAUGGGGAGUGCUCGUUACUGGGCUCCUUCGCGCUGCUUGUACAAGGCGCACUUGGUGCUCUGGCUCUACUCUCCCUCGUCUAUAAGCGGUGGCGGGAACGACCUCAACGACCUCUCAAGAUUUGGUUCUUCGACGUGUCAAAGCAGGUUUUUGGUUCUGUGCUCGUCCACAUCGCCAACAUCUUCAUGUCCAUGUUGACGAGCGGUCGAUUCUCGGUCCAGGUCGACCCUUCAGCAACAUCCAUGACAAGACGAUCCGAUGACGACAACUACGCCCCGAACCCAUGCUCUUUCUAUCUUCUCAACCUCGCGAUAGAUACCACUCUCGGUAUCCCCAUACUCAUCAUUCUCCUAAAGAUCCUCACAGGUCUCGUUCGUUUCACACCCGUCGGCCAACCCCCCGAAUCUGUUCAGUCUGGCAACUACGGUACGCCGCCCAAUGCCUGGUGGUGGUUAAAACAAUCAGUCAUUUAUUUCUGUGGCCUUUUUGGCAUGAAGAUCUGCGUGCUCAUCAUCUUCAUAAUGAUGCCUUGGAUCUCAAAAGCUGGCGAUUGGGCUCUUGGCUGGACCGAGGGCAAUGAGAAGCUUCAGAUCGCGUUUGUCAUGAUGAUCUUCCCCCUCAUCAUGAACGCCCUCCAAUACUAUAUCAUCGACUCGUUCAUCAAGCUCAAAGAGACCAACCACGAAAGCCAUGGCAACGAAUCUGAUGACGAAGGCCGCCGCAGGAGGUACGACGACAGCGAGGACGAGACUUCACGUGUCAGACUUGUCGAUUCAGAGCACGAGACUGACAGUGAGUCCGAUGACGAUGACGAUAAGCAUGUCACGCGUCCCACUCAUUCCACGCAACCCAAAGGCAGAGACUCUGGAGAGUAUGAUCCCGAGCGCGACGGUGACGAUCGCACAAUCAUAGGAAGCAGUGCGAGCGCCCGUGGUCCUCAGGAUAAGGUUCCCCAAGAGCUAUAUCCCAAGGAGUAGAAGAGGUUACAUAAGCUUUGGACAGGCCUGUCUGUUUUGUUUCAAGUUUUCUCGAGUUUUCUGGUAGUAUGGGUCUUUUACAAACAAUCUGUACUGGUUUCGAGUCGUGGCGUCUUACCAGCGAAUGGAGAUAUACUAUAUUGCAAAUACUGGUGGUUCUUUGUCGGCAUUCAGUGGCAGUCAGGCUCACGGCGUAAAUAGGAGCCUGGGGCGUUUUCAGGUGGGAUUACACUUCGGGAUUAGAAGCGACUUCAAAUCAAACUUCACAAAGCCUCAUGGGCGAGGAUCAUUAUUGUUUAGCAAACUCAUCAUCUAAAUGAAUGGCUAAGUCUUGGCUAUAACGCCAAGCUUGCAUGAAGCUGAACAGAGUUUCAUCACGUAGGCGAGAAGUCCUUGUGUCGUAGCCAAGUGGUGCAUUCAAGCCAUCUUUCUACAGGCUGACGAGACAAAUCCGUAUCAUGGGGCCCUCCAAAAAUAUAACAUGAGUAUCCAGACCCA